ACCCCGGGCACACCACUCAGCGUGAUAAGUAUUAUGCUAUUAGAGUCUUCGAACAACCCACAAAGAGCCUGGGGUAAAUGGGCACAUGUUGGCUUGAUUGGCGUAAAACCUUCCCAGAUGUCUCCCGUACUACCCGCGACUACUCUGGGGACCCUUCCUGAUAGUGCAUGCUAACUCUGUCAGUUUUGGUCCGUUUUACUCUGUUGCUUUUGGAGAAGGUACCUGACCUUCUCAGCUUCACCCCCUUAUAUAUCCUGCGAACUGCCUCCGGUCGAACGGACGGCAGCGACGUAUACAGUGUUAUGGACAUGUCUUCAUGAACUCCAUUUAACUAGUAAGAUGGCAACUCCACCCAUUUUCCCCCAUGACGCCUGGGGCAAAGGCUGGGGCCGCAGGUACCUGUUAGGAAUAAUUCUACCAAGUUACAGCUUGUUCGGAGCACUAUAGCUCCUCCCGUAGCCUUCCGAUCAAAGUGCAAACAAGUGUCCGUCUAUCGCCAUUGCAUAACAAACAAUUCUAACAUUUUCCAAAAUUCUUCCAAGAACGUUUCCGACGGAAGGUAGGGUAAUAGUGUCCCAAAUGUAGUGUAAGUAUGUCCAUGGUGACACGAAACCGGUCUCCAUGGUAGGGUAACGUGACUUCCUUAGACCGCGUAAACUCACCCCGCCUUCUGUCCUAUCCUUAGGCCAGAGCGGACAUUGUCACAUUACUACCACUACUUGGGUAUACUAUUUUCUUAAGCGCCUUCUGUCCUUAGAGAGAUCCUAACCAUCAGAUAUCCCGCGGAUAUGCGUCUGCAUAUCCGCCUCACCUACCAUCUGACCUCUUGGUCUUAUCUAUAGCCAUAGACAUAGGUUACCAUAGCUCUAUAACGUCAGGUGGUUACAGUCUCGGGACGUCACAUUACCCUUCCAUGGUGACCAGUUUCAUGUCACUAUGGACAUACAUACCCUACAUUUAGGACACUAUUACCCUACCUUUCAUCCGAAAUGUUCUCAGAGGACUUGCGGGAAAUGUUA